AUGGCCGAAUCUGUCGCGGCUUUUGCUCUUGCCGGCAACAUCCUCCAAUUUACCGAGUUUGCGACAAAGUUUACUAACAAAUGCAUAAGCAUUCACCGUUCUGCUGGAGGGGUCUCCAAUGAACUACGCAAACUCCACGACCUUGUGACUCGCCAGCAAAAUACAUCGCGGGGCCUGCACCUAUCCGAGGCUGAGCGUACAAAGCUGUUGCCGGAACACUCUGAAGUUUUGCAGGUGUCUGACCAGUGUUCCAAGAAGUUCUCUGAGAUCCGGGGAACCCUAGAUGGUAUUGGUCUGAAGGGAAACAAGACUACGUGGGGAACUGUCACUACUGAGUUCAAGGCGACGUGGAAUGAGAAGAAGAUUGAAGAUCUCAGAAGCGAUGUUAUGCUCUUCGGCCAGGGCCUCCAGACUGCUCUUCUUUAUUCCCUGAGAGACCUCGCGAUAAAGUCAGAAGAACAGCAGAAAAUCGUGCUUGAGAAGCUUGGUAUUAUUCAAGAAGGCGUCGGAAACCGCAUAUUCUCCUCGCCUGAUGAGAUUGAAGAAGGCGAAGAAACUUCCUGGGAUGGGCCCGGUGAUGCGGUGAUCGCUUUUGUCACUCGCACGAUUGGCGCCAAACCUGGAGAACGGAAGGCCAGUGCUCAGAGACUACGAGAUGGUAUCGUUCAACGAAUCCUCAGUACCCCAGAAAGCAAAGUUCACCUUGGUGCCGUAGACCCUCUGCCGGCCGAUUUGUCGAAUACCCGCCAAGAGGAACUCCACGCCGCCUUCCUUGCCAGUCUCGUUUAUAAUGUCAUGGAAGAUCGACAUCUAAGAAUCACCAAGGCACACAAGGAUAUAUUUCAAUGGCUGUUUGAGUCCCCUUCAGAGGACACAACCGCAUGGGCAAACUUCAAAGAGUGGCUUGAAUCCGAUGCAUCUCUCUACUGGAUCACGGGAAAGGCCGGUUCAGGAAAAUCCACUUUGAUGAAGUUCAUCUGUGAUGAGAAAGACACGGAGCCCCCGUCGACAGCUACUCAGGGACGAUGCUACCCGCAUCUCUUGAACUGGGCCAAGGACCGGCCGUUGAUCAUAGCAUCCUUCUACUUUUGGGCUUCCGGCUCAGAAAUGGAGUCUUCGCCGAAGGGGCUCUUCAUGUCCCUGAUAUCCUAG